UCACCGCUGCCUUUUGCAGAAGUGAAGAUGGCUGCGUUCAGGAUUGCACGGAGGAUUGUCUUGGGGGGUUCUCGGCUUGGUGUCAAUGCUGAGCUCCCCUGUGUGGUUGCAGAUGGAGGUGGGCACGGGCGGCGUGCCCUUUGUGCCCAGAGCCCCGGGCAUCCAGAAGCUGGAAACAGAAAACCCCAGUUUAUGGAUGAAGAUGUCCAAUGUAUCCUUACCAGAAUAACAGGCCUUGAUCUUGAGAAGAUCUUCAAACCUGUACAGCAGCAACUGAGACCACCUACAUACAAGCUUAUGACAAAUGAGCAGCUUGAGGAGGCUCAUCGGAAAGCUGUGGAAGUAGCUCAAACUCGACUCAAAAUGCCACCAGUACUAAGUGAAAGAGAACCAAUCAAUGAUAUAUUAGUAGAAGAUAAGAUUCUUGAUGGUCUGGAAACUGCUAAAUAUGUAUUCACAGAUAUAACGUUUGACAUUCCACACAAAGAACGAUUUAUUGUGGUUAGAGAGCCAAAUGGGGUGUUGCGGAAAGCAACUUGGGAAGAGCGGGAUAGGAUGGUACAAGUCUACUUCCCACGCGAUGUUCGAAGGAUAAUUCCACCACCUAUUUUCAAGAAUGAAAACCUUGUGGUUGUGUUUGCUCAGGAUCGUUAUGAAGAUAUUCUUGAUCUCUGCCUUAUCCAAUUUGAGCCAAAUUCUGCCGAUUACAUUCGGGUCCACCACCAAACAUAUGAAGAUAUUGAUAAAAAUGGCAAGUAUGAUCUUUUGCGUUCAACAAGGCAUUUUGGUGGGUUGGUGUGGUACCUGGUCAACAGGAGGAGAAUUGAUGGUUUACUAAUCGACAUGAUUCAAAGAGACCUAUUAGAGGAUGCUAUAAGCGUACUUCAUUUAUAUCACAUGCUGCACCCAGACUGUCAAUCGUCAAAGGAGGCAAACCAACAACAAGCCAAAGGUCUUGACCUGAUUAAGAUAUUUUCUCAUACCGAUUCCCAAAAAGGAGGCUACAUUGAAUUAGCUUUGCAAGUUUACCUGGAGACACUCAACAGCUCUGCUAAUCAAGAUCCAUGUCGGAAUGAAGAAACAAAUUAAUCAGUCCAUCCAAUUCAAGAGUUCUGAACUUGGAGCAAUUGAACUUUUAUCAUUCUUUUUCCAAAAACAAGUGGAAUAGAAAAGUGUUUACUGAGACAUGUGUCCAUUCUAAUACUCUUUUUAAAAAAAAUCUCAAAUGUGGGCAGGUGGGGCCAGACAUCACAUCAUUAUUGGACUUGUAUAAGGAGAAUGUUUAACAUUGGGGAAUGGUUCCAUGGACAGCGUAAUCUUCAACACUGUGUCAUUGUGAUCUCACCCAUAAUCAAAUAAUACAAUGAAGCCCAACCUAGUUAAUCUCUCCACAAAUAUACAAUAUUUUUGAAAUCCAAUUGUUAAAAAGUUUAACCCACUGGCCAAAUGGAUUUUUCUAGAGCUAGAACAAUCUAAUCGUAUAUUGUGAUUUGGCAUUUUAAUGAGUGACAUAAAUAAAUUAUAAUCCCCCAGGAAAUAAGCGUUAGGUACUGUGAAGGAAUUGGCAUAUGCUCUGGUUUCAUUUUUAACAAUGUAACACACUGAAAAUUAAAAUUAUUCAGUAGUA